AUGGGAACCUACUCAACUGGGCUUUUACCUUUUGAUUUACAUGAUUUGAACAGACAUUUGGUUGAUAAUAAUGUUUUUGGAUCUGUUUUGUGCAGUAUAAAAUCGACAAUUGAAAGGUACAAGAAGGCAAUCGCUGACAAUUCAAACUCAGGUUGCAUCAUAGAGGUCAACUCUCAACAAUACUACCAACAGGAAGCAACAAAGUUACGUCACCAAAUACAGAUUCUACUAAAUGCAAAUAGGCACUUGGCAGGAGAAGGUUUAAGUUCUUUAACCAUAAAGGAACUCAAGCAACUUGAAAGCAGACUAGAAAGAGGAAUUGCACGUAUCAGAUCAAAGAAGCAUGAGUUGCACUUUGCGGAGAUUGAGUACAUGCAGAAAAGAGAGCUGGAACUUCAAAAUGACAAUACAUAUCUCAGAUCAAAGAAUCCAGAUAGGGCUAUGAAAAUAAAUAAAGCUACAAAAGCUUGUGAUCAAGGAACUUCAGGACUGGGGUGUAACGGGAGACAAGGCUCAGCUUCAGGAAAUGCUAAUGAACAAGAUAAAAUCAAGUUCUCAAUUUGUUAUUGAUGACAAGCGCAUUCGGUUGGUGGAGAGGACUAAGCAAUCAUGAAUUACGAUUAUAUUUUGAUCAUCUCUUGUUAUAGGUCUUUCCACAAGAUAUUGUUAACUCAAUUUUUCUUAUGCGCACUAAUUGUAAUUGGUCUGAUUUCAUUCAAACCAGUCUUGUAAUUCACAUGCCAUUCUUCCAUUUCUUUUUUGUAAGAGAUCACAACCACUUGUAUUGUUGGUUGAGGACCACAACUACAUGACAUUCUUGAGUUUUGUGAUGUAAUGAAUGCAAAACAUUUUUGCAUGUAUCAAUAUUACAAUUGUGGAUGUUCAUUUUUAA